UCUCUGACCCUCGAGUUGACAGUGUCUUAUUCCUUUUUCUCCCGACUCUCAACCUGCCCAUCCUACAAGGUGCUACCAACCAUCAGCACGAAUCUCCACCACCCGUAGUGAUAAUCCCGUUUGUGUCACCCACGUUUUCUUCAAAGUGUUUCUCGUGCUACAAACAAUAAACCUUUGAUGACCAGUGAAUUAACAUUCGAGUGAAUACACAGUUUGGUGGAAAUUUAUAUAUAAGUUGGUGUGCAAGAACUCAAAUGAUAGUGUUCACAAACUAAAGGCUUUAGGAGUGAUUAGCAAAGUUUUAGUGGGGGCUACAUGUAAAGCAUUUUGAAAAGUGUGUAAGAAUAUAGGGUUGCAAUCUGAACGGGACCAAUACCGGAGGGUGUUUGGAACAUACCCUCGACUGGGGAAGUUCAAUAAUUUUCAGCCUAUUGAAAAGGUAAUUUUAGUAUUUUUACGGAACAGCAUCGUUGGCGAAGAUGAUGGACACCGCGAAGAUGGAGCCUCUGACGCCACCACACACUCCCCCCUCUUCGGCAAUUGAUCGGUUACACCCGCAUGGGACGUCACCUCCCAGGUGGAUCAGGAAUCAGCAACUGCAUAUGCCUCCUCACCAACAAAUUCACCAUCAUCAGCAACUCCCACAACAACCUAACGGAUACCAUGCUGCUUUUUUGGAUCAUUGGUUGAGGGGUGCAGCUCUCCUGGCUGUGAGAGGUUGUUGUCCCCAGACUCCAUUGUCUCCACAUCAUCAUGGAUCUCCAGGUCAUUCGAUGCAUCCUGGACUUCCGGUUCCACCACCCGCUUCCUUCUUGACGAAGAGACUUCCUGGCCAGAGGCCGAAAAAGCAGUUCAUCUGCAAAUUUUGCAACAGGCAGUUCACCAAGAGCUACAAUUUGCUUAUUCACGAAAGGACCCACACUGAUGAAAGGCCCUAUUCCUGUGAGAUUUGUGGAAAGGCUUUCCGAAGACAGGAUCAUUUGAGGGAUCAUCGAUACAUCCACAGCAAAGAAAAGCCCUUCAAGUGUGCCGAUUGCGGAAAAGGAUUCUGCCAAAGUAGGACGUUGGCAGUGCAUAAAAUUCUCCACAUGCAGGAAUCACCACACAAAUGUCCAAUUUGUGCCAGGAGUUUCAAUCAACGAAGCAACCUGAAAACCCACCUCACAACACAUACAGACAUUCCUCAAGAUCUUCGAAUCGAUCCACCAAUUUCUCCAGAAAAUAUCGAAUCGAUGAGCAUCAGUCAAACCGGCGAAAAGACCAGCACAACCCGAAAAUUAGGGUUUAGUAUAGAAGACAUAAUGAGGCGUUAAAGCUCUCUAGAAGUCACCUUUAAGGAACCAACUUUUUUUUAAACGGCCAAAAAACACGAUCAUUAGAAAUAAUUUUUUGCUGCACAAAAUAAUUUUUAAUAGUUCCCAUGUCUUUUAAAAAGAAUUUCCUAAAAUUGUCGUGUUUGAUUUUAAGUCCUAAGGUUUUGUUCAUUACUGUAAAUAUUUGUCAUCGCCUCGUUCACCUUUCAAUUAUUGUUGUAUAAAUGAAUGUCACGUAUCUAAGAAAUCUUUGUGCCCCAGGUUGAUUUAAUGUGGACACCCAAGUUUUGAGAGAAAUUUGUGGAAAGUUGCUAGACAUUAUUGUCUCACGUGGGACGUAAAUUGCUGUGUAGGAUCAGGAAGAUUAGGAUUCUAAAGGAGCUUAGGAAGACUCUUUUUAGCAUUUACGAUCCGUUUCGAGUGAGGAUCAUCCAAAAGUGUAAAUGCAAAGUUGUAAGCGUAUAGAUAGUCGAUAGCUGAUAUAAAAUUGUAUGAAUAUGUAAGAGCCAAAUGAUGCUAACGUCCUUUAGGUGCUAAUCGAGUAUUUUUUCCGAGUGUUCUUUUUCGGACCUUUCUUGUAAAAAUUAGGAAAUCUCGAUCUGAUAAGAACUCGGCAAGGGGCCACCUUGCUCCUACCUUUUUCCAGUGACCUGUAAAUAGUCGAGAUCAGUGGGAUCGUCUGAUUUUGGUUGGCCAAGGACCACCCACACGAUCUUUCUGUAUAUACAUAUUAGUUAUGUAGUAGUAGAAGUAGACUCUCGCCUUUUUUAAGACUUUUUGAGGCCUUUUUUUAAGACUCGAAGACCCUUUUUAAGCACGUUCCAUUCUGUGUCAACCCUCGAUGUUACCACUAAUUUAAGAUGGGUGUAAAUAGCGCAUAUUUAUAGAGAUACAGUUGCCGAGGGACUCUAGGUGUAAAUUGUAAAUCCCGCCUGUUGGGUUGCGUCGCGUCGUCAUCGUCAGCUUAUCUCGAAGCUUGAGAGUCGCCAAGAGCGUUAAGUACCUAAGCCUGUAUACUAAUUGUAAGUGCCGCCUGUGGACACCCAAGGUUCAGAUUAACGUGUAAAGAUAUGCACCUAUACCAAAAAAAAAAAAAAAAGGAAAACU